CCUUGAAGUAUUUGAAGUAGUCUCUUGUUACUAUAUACUGUCAAUCUCUAUUUAUUGUCUCAGGUGCGUCUCUUUUGUUUCUGCCAUGCUCUUGUAAUUAGCCUUCGGGCAUGAACUUGCAAAUACACUUUCCUAUUGUUUACUGUAAACAACUGCCACAGUUACAACAAUACAGGAGUCACAUACUUUGAUCUAUCCUGAGGGAUGAAAAGUUCAACCUCCUUGAUCUAUCAGAAAACAGACCUCUUGCAUACUUGCCGAAAAUGAACGAUAAUCUUUGUUAUUUUUCCUUUUCUAUGUUUUGUCGCAUUUUAUUGCAACAAAACUGAUGUGUUUAAAAAGGUUCGCUGUGUUUAACUUUACGGAAACAAAUUGUUUCUUCUCCGUUUCUUCCUCAUUCCGGCAGACACAAACACACACACACGCAAGCACAUACACACACACACACACACGUCAAGGACCAUCUGUAAAGAACAUAAACGUCAAUUCCUUUUCUUUUAAGACGUAGGAAACCAUGAAGGUUUCUAGGGUCUUGUGGCGUAUAGCACAGGCAAGAGGCAUCUUUGUGUUGGUGGGAUUUGCUGUUGGGAUUUUUUCGUCCUCCUUGCUGAAAGCGCCGACAAUUCAGCAAGUUGCCAUGACACCUCGCCGUACCGCAAGCUCGUGGCAACCAAGGCAAACAAGACAUGAUGGUCUUCGUGACAAAGUUAUCGCAGAAAGUAACAGGUUUGCACAGACGAAUGGCAAACGUAAAAUUCUGUUGGACUGUGGAGGGAACGUGGCUUCAACCGUCCAGCUGUUUAGGGAGACCUAUCCGGACGGCAAGGACUACGUCAUACACUCUUUUGAGUUGGACGAUCGACUGGCCCCAUACUUUGCGCCCUACUCUAACCACGUCCUGCACUGCCCAACCGCCGUGUCCAAUAAAGAUGGUAACAUGACGGCGUACGCAGAGUCAGCCUGGUCACCAGGAAAGGGCAAGACGUCUGGUAGAGACAUGCAGUGGGGAGGGGGGACACUGUUCGCACACAAGAAGGAGAUACAGGACAACAUCACGGGAGGCAGCCGGAGGCUGACCUACCGACGAACGGUCCCAACCGUCGACCUGUCCCGAUGGAUCAAAGAGAACACGAACGUAGACGACUACGUCAUCUUCAAGCUUGACGUGGAAGGCGCAGAGUAUGAUAUCCUGACAAAAAUGUUGAAAGAAGACACUUUUAGAUGGAUUGACAAAUAUUACGGAGAGUACCAUGGAUGGCAAAGUGUGGCGGGCUGGAACAAGGCAGACAAGGCCCAACUCAUCGAGGAGGUGGAAACCAAGGGGAAACCUCUGUUAAGAUGGACAGGGGAGAAAAGGACAUAUGAGGACUUCGAUGUCUUGCACCCGAAACUGGUUGGUUCUGUUGGAAAACCCGGUGUUGUCUACAGUAACUGUAUCGGGUCGGCACAGAAGAGGCCCAAACUGGCCCUGGUUGUGCAGGUCGGUAUGAACGCUAAGUCUGCUCGCAAGCUGGUGACAACUCUCGCGGCGCACACGAGUAACAUUCCGCUGGCGCUGUUCGUGUACGGAGACUUUGUGGAGUUGUUCCCGCAACAGGUGGAAGACUGGGCGGAGAGGUUCACCAUCGGCAUGCGCGAGGGCCAACCUUUCCCACCGGGGCACUUCGCAUUGCAGGCGCCAGGGUGGAUCCGGUUCAGUCUGGUUAGCGCCAUAGAACGUCAUCGGGAUAUUGGCCUGCAGUCUACAUUGUACCUAGCAGAGAACGUAACGAAGUCGGUUAUUACCGUCGCAAAGGACCGAGGAUUAAGUCUCAUCCAGCCGACAGCUCGCUUCCCACCAACCAAAGGAACCCUCUUAACAGAGAAAAGCUACUACCACUACCGAGACGUGGAGAGGGUUCCCAAGGCUCUCCGUGUGAUCGCAGACGGACUGGGGAACACUGGAGGCAUCCUGAGCCUGGACUCGGACCAUCCGGACAGCUACAUGAUCUCUGCCUUCCUGCUGGACUAUCUGGUGGAGAACUCUGGCUUUGAGCUCGUCAGCAUUGAGGAAUGCCUGACAGAAUAACCGCAAUAUAUGUGUGAAGGUCCUGUAUUAAACAGAAUAGCAUCAGCGAACAAUGGACGAACAUGAUCUAAGUAUAAUACUGGUACCUACCUGAAGGCAGUUCGGAUAUUCUAAUCUUAAAUCAGAUCUACUUCUGAUUAGAAAUGCCUGUCUUUGGAUGCU